CUCAUGCUAAGCACUGUCUCUAAGCAAUUAAGCUAGCCCUCUCUAAAUAUCAAAAUUUCUACAUAUCCUUCAUCUUCUUGGUGCCUCUGUUUCAUAUUCUUUCGAAUCCCGAAAAAAGGGGAAAAAAUGACGAACAAAGCUUCGGUUUUCUUGAAAAAGAUAGUGUUACUAGUGAGUUCCAUUGCAAAGACCAAGUCCGUGGCUAUUAAGAACAAAACAAGCGCAGUUAAGGCUCGUCUGAUAAUGUUCUCUUUAGUGAAGAGUAAGAAGGUUUUGCUGGGUUCAAUCUCUGACAAGAUUCAUAACAUUCUCGGGCAGAGCGACAGAGAGACUCAAGACGACAAUGAGGACCAAAGCAAGGCCAUCGUUCUAUACAAUAAUGCUUCAGCCAACGAGUUGCAUUCCGGUUGCAUCCAGCUGGCAGACGAGAUUGAUGAUGGCGAUGACGAUAAGUACCCUGACCUGACGCACUCGCUAUUCGAUGAAGAGGACUUCAGUGACCCAGGAGGGUCCAUCAUCGAUUUGGUGAAGAAUUCCAAAGAAGAAGGAGAAGAUUUCAGCUUGGAAGAUGAGAUUGAUCAUGUCGCGGACCUGUUCAUUAUGAGAUUUCACAAUCAAAUGCGUUUGCAGAAGCUUGAAUCCUUCAAGAGGUUUCAAGAGAUGCUUGAGAGAAGCGUUUAAUUGCUUUAAUUUUUCUUUCUUCAUUAGUUAUCUCUGUUCACAUAGAAUCUGUGUUCGGACAGGGAAUUCAAAUAAAAUGUAAAGUCGACCGGAUUUCUCUGCUACUUUUCUACGGAGAAUCCGAUUGCCUCUAAUUGCAUAACGGGCCUUUCAAUCCUUUUAUCUUGGGUUGUAAAUUAAUUAUCGUGAUAAAACUUAAUUAUAAUUGACUACA